UUUUCAAUUUCGACCGUGUCUGCACGGAGGGACCAAAAGUUCGAACUGACUCCCCCAAACACACAUUUGAAAGCCUCUCUCUCUCUGUUUUGGUCCUAAAAAACUCCGUGGCUGAUUGUUUGUCGGAGACCGAAACUCUGGUUUGUGCAGGGCUUCGAAUCCGUUCGCUCGGGAAUGGAGGCUAUCAGAAAGCAAGCCACCAAGCUCCGAGAACAGGUCGCUAGGCAACAGCAGGCUGUCCUAAAACAGUUUGGUGCUGGGGGAUAUGGUGGUUCUGAUAACUUAGUCACUGACGAGGCAGAGCUCCAUCAGCAUCAGAAACUUGAGAAGCUUUACAUAUCAACACGUGCUGGCAAGCAUUAUCAAAGGGAUAUUGUUCGUGGUGUAGAAGGAUAUAUUGUCACUGGUUCCAAACAAGUGGAAAUUGGAACAAAGUUGUCAGAGGAUAGCAGGAAAUAUGGUGCAGAAAAUACAUGUACUAGUGGCAGUACUCUAUCAAGAGCCGCGUUAAAUUAUGGGCGUGCCUGUGCUCAUAUGGAGAAGGAGAGGGGAAAUCUGUUCAAAGCUCUUGGUACACAGGUUGCAGAGCCAUUAAGAGCAAUGGUAAUGGGAGCUCCAUUGGAGGAUGCUCGACAUCUUGCUCAGCAUUAUGAUAGAAUGCGACAAGAAGCUGAAGCUCAGGCUAUUGAAGUUUCAAAACGCCAAGCAAAAGUGAGGGAAACAGUAGGCAAUAUUGAGAAUAUUUCGAAACUGGAGGCUGCUGAAGCAAAGCUGCAAGAUCUGAAGUUAAACAUGGCAAUAUUAGGGAAGGAGGCGGCUGCAGCAAUGGCUGCUGUUGAAGCUCAACAACAGAGGCUAACUCUCCAGCGACUUAUUACUUUGGUCGAAGCAGAACGUACUUAUCAUCAGAGAGUCCUUCAGAUACUUGAUCAGCUUGAAGGCGAGAUGGUUUCCGAACGACAACGGAUUGAAGCUCCCCCUAGUCCUAUUAUGGAUAACACCAUGCCUCCAUCUCCCUCAUAUGAAGAAGUUAAUGGCAUAUAUGCUUCCGAAACAAAUAAUGGAACAACAGACUCCAUGGGCUACUUUUUAGGGGAGGUCGUGCAUCCGUAUCAAGCUGAAUCUGAUGUGGAGCUAAAUCUGUCAAUUGGUGACUAUAUUGUUGUCCGAAAGGUGACAAACAGUGGGUGGGCUGAGGGUGAAUGCAAAGGGAGAGCCGGUUGGUUUUCAUUUGGAUACGUUGAAAGAAGGGAACGUGUUCUUGCAAGCAAGGUGGCUGAAGUGUUUUGAGCUUUUCUGUUCUGUUGGCUUCCUCGCCAAAGGAUUUUGUACGUGUGUAUCUUUUGCUCCAGCCUCCAAGGUGGAUCUUGUGUUCUUGCAGAUAGAAGGUCGCCCAUUGUUACCUACUUUGAUGUGAAAUAGAUGUUGACUUUCCCCUCUUUGUUCUAUUUUUUGAUAUAAGCAUUGCAUUUCUUUCUACUUCUUUUCGUCUCUUUUCUUUUUAGUCCAAAUAUGUCCUUGUUUGUUGAUA